GCGACGUUGGUGAACUUCCGUUACUGUCAAGGGCACCGGCAUCUUACGUUAGCUAAACUCAGAGUUGCCCGCACGUGUAUUUCCAGGCGGCUUUUCAACGACACACCAAUAUUAAACCAGUCUUUUCCCCCCCCGGUGAUGGACAGCUUCGGUUCGGACUUCUCAGCUGGUGGGGCGGGCGGUAAAUUGGACACCGGCACGAUCAUGGAGCAGGUUAAAGUCCAAAUCGCGGUGGCCAACGCACAGGAGCUGCUGCAGAGAAUGACAGACAAAUGCUUCAAGAAGUGUAUCGGGAAACCUGGAAGUACACUGGACAACUCAGAGCAGAAAUGCAUUGCCAUGUGCAUGGACCGGUAUAUGGAUGCUUGGAAUACUGUUUCCCGAACGUAUAACUCCAGAUUACAGAAGGAAAGAGCUCGUAUGUAAAUGUCCAUCGCUUCCCGUUCUGCCUUUCUUCCCUUCUUUGACCACUGCUCACCUGCAGAAGUCGGAGGUCACGCGAUGUGCUUGGGUUCCUCAUGGCCACAACUUGUUUGGUUUCCCCCCCCCCCCUUCCCAAUACCUCCAGCAGUCUUAGCAGCCUGUGGUGCACCGCAGCCAUGACAGUGUGGACAACAUUCAAUUCAGGAACAAAGAGUUUUUGUUUUUUUUAAUGUGAUAACAAACUGAUAUUGUGGCUAAUAAGAAGUGUUACCUGGGCCCUUGUAUGUGACAAUACCUGGAAAAAGUUGUGUUCGAAUGAGUAUGUGAAUGAUGAUAAGCUAUGAUUCACUUGAAAUGUGUUCGGCGCAACUGCGUUGAGCUUGACAUCCACCUACUAUCAAACCAAUCUCCAUUGGAUUCCAGAGUCAUGUAUAUAAUACACAUUUUGAUUUCUUAAAAUAAAUAGGAAUCAGAAUACGAAUGCCAAUUCUGUUACUGAGUGCCACCAUGGGGUGUCCGUCCACCGCCACAUAUUUCUGGGCAGUACAAAACAAGUUUUAUUUGGGUAACGUUCCUUUUCGUAACUCUCAAUCUCCUCUUUUACUUUUACAGCCAUUGGAACUCAUUAGGUGGUGCAGGUGUGCCUAAUAUUGUGGCUGGUCAGUGUAUCUAAGAAAACUUGAUUAUGAGAAUGUGAUUGUUUCAUUGAACAGCCUUUGUGCUACAGUAUCAUGAACAUUCGAAAGUAUACGCUGCGGGUGUCUGUACCAAAGAAUUUCUCGUUUAAGAAGUAGUGAGGCUCGCAGAGCUCCAAACUCUGAGAACAAAACCUAGUUUUGUCCGACCGGCUUUCCAGUUGUCACAUUAUCCCCAGUGUGCCCACAGUAACCGGCUUGUUCCGGCAGGCUCUGCUAUUUGCAAUGGGCACAACCACACAAAACCUACAUGGUGAGCACGGACGUCAAAGGGAACCAAUGUCUUAUUCUACCAGAGGUUGCCUCUCACCAUAAUGGUGUGAUUUGAGGCAGAUUUGUGAAAUAAUGUACAUGGAAUUUUUUUCCACAACAAUCAAUAAAUCGUGUCAUCCAUGUCAUAAAGAGUAACAUUUACUUAGGUAAGGAACCUUGGGUAAACUGUGAUUUGCCUCACAAAUAUACGUUUCAUGCAAUUAAAUAGCAAUUUAGUCUUUGCAACUUAACAGCAAGGGACAUGCACCCACAGAUAAACCAUACUAUAUAUCCCGUAAAACCCUUAAAUCACACAAAGUGAAACAGCACAUCUAUAGAUUAAAUGAAAGAAAAGCAAUUUUAAAACAUUAUGUAUUGCACCAUCAGUAGCAGUUUGAAAGACAUACUGUAUAAUGGCAGUGGAGCAGCGUUAGUAUGUGCAUUGAACAAAGUUAAGAUUACUGUUAAGAUGAGGGAAGGGAAACUUUCCAGUGAUCGGUGGGCCAUUCUAAAUUUAUGAAAUGUUUGAUGCCAUAUUUUACCCCCCCCCUUUUUUUUUUUUUUUAAAUCCAACCUUUCCUCCUAACCUAGAGUGGCGGUGUUAUCUUUUAAAACUCCACUUGCAUAUUUAAUCGGUCACCUGUGUGUAUGCACUCACUGCUCUCAACAUUAUGUGCACCUGCACCUUAAUUUACAAAGAACAAUGUUCAGUUUUGGUUGGUGCUAUCAGAUGGAUAGUAAUUAAAACAAAUGUUUUGUAUUGCGUUUAUAGUUUGCAGUGCUGUAAACUACACUGCAGAUGUGUGCAGGUGUAUCUAAUGUCGUGUCCAGUGAGUGUAUUAAGCAGCAAUAAAUACUUGGAAUAAAUACACAAUAGUUGGCUUUCC